UUUGUCAUAUUAAUAAAGCAUCUGCCUUUCUAACCAGUAUCUCAUGCCCUUCCGAUACACUAGAGGAUGACUUUUUACUCUAUAUAAAUGUCAGUCCCUAUGAAACCAUUGGCUGCAGUAUUAAACUCAAUUCGUAUAUAGCAGAAUAUACUUGAAUUCGGUGGCAUCAACGAAUAUCCCACAAUCUACCUCGUUAUUAUCUUCGUCCUUUCAGCAAUAUGAUAUAUAUAUGUGUGUGUGUGUGUGUGUGUGCAAUUGAGGGGAUUAGUUUUUACAGGGAGAGAAGACAUGAAACAUGGAAAAAGACACAGAGCUGAAGUUGCAAGAAGCUUGCCCCAAUGGGAACGCAAGUUCUUGGCAUACAAGGCAUUGAAGAGGAAACUGAAACUGGCAAACCCUAAUUCAAAUGGAAGAAACAGGCCAAGAGACAUGGGCUUCAAACAGUCAUUGAACAGGGAACUCGAUAAGGUCAACACCUUUUAUCUGGACAAAGAGGAAGACUAUAUCAUCAUGUUCAGGGAGCUCGAAAGCAGGGCUGAAAACCUAAAUGGCAACGAAGAAAUGUUGGAAUUGCGGAGGGAACUCUUGGAUUUUUAUUCUGAAAUGGUGAUGCUACUUCAUUACAGUGUCAUCAACUUUACAGGGUUGAUGAAGAUUGUGAAGAAGCACAACAAACGUGCAGGUGGAGCCGUUCAGUCAUCGUACAUGCCUAGGGUUUUGCAGCAGCCGUUCUUCUCCACCGAGUUGCUUUACAAUCUUAUUAGGGGGUGUGAAGCCAUACUUGAGCGCCUCUCUCCCCCGAAUGAUCCUUGAUGAAGAUCAAUAUUAUGCUUCAGCUCCUGUUUUCUAAUGAUGUAUAAUAGGUGCUAGCUCUUGAUGGCAUGGCUUAAUACAGUAUUAGAGAGGAGAGGAGAGGAGAGGAAUUGAUGCUUUAUUGU